CGCGCCCUGCUGCUGCGCCAGCACGAGCUGACGCGACGCCAGGCACUGCCGGCCACCGAGCCGGGCGCCGAGCGCACCGGCCUCUACCAGCAGCUGCUGGAGCUGGCCGACCUGGUGCUGGCCGGGUAUACGGCGCAGCUGGCGGCGCUGCGCGGCACGGAGCGGCACGCCGCCGUCCAGGCCGAGUUCGAGGCCGACCGCUACCACCUGAUCGAGCCGCUGCUGGAGGCGGAGCAGUACGAGCGGGCCACCAGUCUGGCCGAGAAGUACGCCGACUUCCGCGUCCUGGUGGAAGUGUGCGAGCGCACCAACAGCACUGAGAGGCGCAACAAGUACCUCGCACAGUUCGCUGACCAGGGAUUCGCCAGCUUCGUGUUCAACUGGUACCUGGACCAGGGCCGGCGCGGGCAGCUGCUGAGCCAGUGCCGGCAGGCCGAGCUGGCGGGCUUCCUGCACGAUUACCGCGGCCUGCGCUGGCUCAACGAGCUGGAGGCUGGCCGCUUCGCGCAGGCUGGAGACACGCUGGCACAGUGCGCUGACGCCGAGACCGAGUUCCUGACCAGGAAGAAGACCUACCUGAGCCUGUCGAAGCUCUGCGCUUUGGCAGGCCAGCAGGGCGAUGAGCUGGAGGUUCGCCUGACCAAGCUGAAGCCGGCCAUCGAGCUGAGCCAGCUGCAGGAGCAGCUGCCUUCCUCCGUGCUGGAGGCGCACGGGAUCGACGCUGAGACGAUGCACGUGCUGUCGCCGCGCGAGCUGAUCCUGCUGUACGUGUCGCCGGAGAACGAGGGCGCCAACGAGUUCGACUUCGAGCGGGCGUUGGAGCUGGCCGAGUCGGCCACGCUCGAGGGCGGCGACGAGGAGCGCGAGCAGCUGCGGCUCGAGAUCUGGUGCCGCGCCGUGCUGCGCGACUUGUGGACCGGCCUCGACACGGACCGGCCGCUGGAGGCGUGCCGGGACACCCUGCUGUUGCGCACCAUCAGGGGUCUGCAGCGGUCGGGCCGGCGGCCGCUGCACCUGCUACCGGAGCUGAACCUGCUGCUAGACUGCAAGCAGCUCAGUAAGCUGCGCGGUGACCGCGACUUUGCGUUCCUGCUGGGUGCCGUGUACGAGUACGUGGAGCGCUUGGAGGCCCACGUGGGGGAGCAGGCGUGAGCGGCGGCACGGGUGGCGCACGCUGGGCCGGCUCAUGCGAACAGUGCUCGUGCCAGUGUCCGGAGCAGCGACUGCCGUCAUCGUGGUCGAGGAUCCUGACGUUCCCGUGCAAAAGGACCUGGUUCACGGCAGUGGCGCCCUCAUCGUCGCGCGUGAAGCGUGCCGCACACCGUGUGCGCCGGUGCUCGUCUCGUCCCUCUCGCCUCGUUUCGUCCCUCUCGCCUCGUCUCGUCCCUCUCGCCGCGUCUCGCCCGUCUCGGUCAUCGUUGGCUGGUUGCGGUGGACGUCUGUUUCGCAGCCACAUUGGCCGCUGGUUGUGGCGGGCUGAGGGACGGCCCAGGCACGUGUGACUGAGAUCGCCCAGUCCCCGGGGGCGGACGGUCAUCCAGUCCGAAGGGAGUCUUGGGCGACGAAGGGUUCAAGGCCGUACAAUACUGCCACUGCCACAUCCUUCCCGUGCUGGCAAAUGAUGGAAGGUUUCGUUCAGUUUAGAAUCACAGCCACGGCUAUCCGAAAUACAUGGUUCUGUUUGU